AUGUUAAAUGUUUAUUUUUCGAUAUUUUAAUUUGUAAAUAAUUUAUAUUUUUAUUUUCAGAGAGAAAAUGGCUCUAGUCAGACAAGUUUGCUUGAAAGCCCUUCCCAGGCAGCAGAAGCUGUUGGUGAACCAGGUGUGCGCCGCCAGCAAUGCGGCGGAUCUUCGCUCCGCCUUGGCGGAGAAGAUUCCUCAAGUACAGGAGGAGGUCAAGGCCUUCAGGAAGGAACACGGGAACACCAAGGUUGGAGAGAUCACUGUAGAUAUGAUGUACGGAGGAAUGAGAGGAAUGAAGGGACUGGUAACUGAAACCUCAGUCCUGGAUGCUGAUGAGGGAAUCAGAUUUAGAGGAUACACUAUCCCGGAGUGCCAGGAGCUUCUCCCUAGGGCCCCUGGAGGUGGUGAGCCCCUCCCUGAAGGACUAUUUUGGCUGCUGGUGACCGGAGAGAUUCCCACUGCUGAGCAGGUUAAGAGUUUGUCUGAGGACUGGGCUAGUAGAGCUGAGCUUCCCUCCCAUGUUGUGACAAUGCUGAACAACUUCCCCUCCCACCUUCACCCAAUGUCCCAGCUGGUGGCCGCAGUUGCAGCUCUUAACUCAGAAUCCAAGUUUGCCAAUGCUUACUCCCAAGGAGUACACAAGAGCAAGUACUGGGAGACAACCUUCGAAGACUCUAUGGACCUGAUCGCUAAGCUUCCUGUUGUUGCUGCUACUAUCUACAAUAACCUUUACAGGGAGGGAGCACCCCCUUGCCCCAUCGAUACAUCAAAGGAUUGGUCUUACAACUUUACCGAGAUGAUUGGAUACAAGGACGCAACCUUUACUGAGCUGAUGCGUCUGUAUCUGACUAUCCACAGUGAUCACGAGGGAGGAAAUGUUUCCGCUCAUGCUACCCAUCUCGUAGGAUCAGCACUCUCAGACCCGUAUCUGUCCUUUGGAGCUGGUAUGUGUGGUUUGGCCGGUCCUCUUCAUGGCCUGGCUAACCAGGAGGUUCUCGUCUUUAUGAACAAGGUGAAGGAUGCUGUUGGUCUGGAUGCUACUGAUGACCAGAUGAAAGAGUUUGUUUGGUCCCUGCUGAAGUCCGGUCAGGUUGUUCCUGGAUACGGUCAUGCUGUUCUUAGGAAAACUGAUCCGAGAUACACCUGUCAGAGAGAGUUCGCUCUCAAGCAUUUACCAGAUGACAAGAUGUUCAAGCUUGUUUCCCAGCUUUACAUGCUGGUUCCACCUAUCCUCAUGGAGACAGGUAAGGUUAAGAACCCCUGGCCCAAUGUUGAUGCUCACAGUGGUGUUCUACUCCAGUACUACGGAAUGAAGGAGAUGAACUACUAUACCGUUCUUUUCGGAGUUUCAAGAGCUCUGGGAGUAACCUCCUCCCUGGUUUGGGAUCGUGCUCUAGGACUCCCCCUGGAGAGACCUAAAUCCAUGUCCACCCAAGGACUCAAGAAGCUGGUCGGAGCUUAGAUAAAACACAUUUAGAAUGUUUUCUGAAUAAGAAUGUUCUAGACCUAGUAGUCACGUGAUUGUCCUGAACCUUGUCUGUUGGCGCCAUUUCUCUUCUCUGUUCCCAGAGUCGUGUUUUCUUGUAGAAAAACGCGGCAAAAUUUUAUGUAUUAUUGUUAAAUGAAAAUUUGAAUAAACAUAACUAAUUCUUCCAGUAGGCCAUAGAAUCAAUAAAUGGGCAGUUAUGAUUUAA